AUGGCCUCCGACAGCAGCUAUGUUCUCUACCACUAUACGCCCAACCUUCCAUGUGCAAUCCUAUUAGCUGUCUUAUUUGCAUUGACGACUAUUUUUCACUUGUACCAACGAAUCAAGGUGCACUCAAAAUACUUUAACCCGUUCAUUGUCGGCGGUAUCUUUCAAAUCAUCGGGUAUGGGGCCCGCGCUGGCUCUCAUUUCUAUAUGCACUCCACAAUACUUUAUGCAAUUCAAUCACUCCUGAUCCUAUUGGCGCCAACCCUGUACGCAGCGUCGAUAUAUAUGGUCCUCGGUCGUAUCAUCAGCUUUCUCCACGGUGAACAUCUGAGUUAUAUCCCGGUCAAAUGGAUGACAAAAGUAUUCGUUGCUGGCGACGUUCUAUCCUUCAUUCUUCAAGCAGCCGGAGGAGGAAUUAUGACCAGUGGGUCUGAAAACACUAUCAAAAUCGGCCAAUGGGUGAUUGUAGCGGGUCUUUGUGUCCAGCUCAUGUUCUUUGGAGCAUUCGUGCUUACCUCCCUCAUCUUCCACAUCAAGAUUAUUCGAAGGCCUACUAUCGAAAGCGAGAGAUCUACGGAUAAGCAUGGCUCAAUCUGGCCCCGGGAUUGGAGAGGUCUCUUGUUCGCAUGCUACAGUACUAGUUUGUUGAUCUUGAUCCGAUCCAUAUACCGUCUGAUUGAAUUUGUGCAAGGAAAUGACGGCUAUGUCAUCAGCCACGAAGUUUUCUUGUAUGUUUUCGAUGCCGCAAUGAUGUUCUCGGUGAUGGUCGUGAUGAAUGUGCUCCAUCCAUCCUUUGUUCUGAACAAAAGGAUAGAAUCACCUACUGUCCAGUCUGAUAGGGAUAUUCAGUGGAAGUCCGAUGUUGAGAUGCAGCAACACUCUGCUUUAUCCAGGGAUUGA